GCUUGGCUAGAAGUCGAGUUGGCUCUUCGUCUGAUGCAAAGUUCGGAAACUUUAAGCAUUGAAAUACAAACUCAGUUGGAUUCCCAUGGACUAAGUACUAUUGCCAUUGAUGACAUUAGCAUUUUUGAGGGAUUUUGUUUAUCCAAAAACACAUUCUGUGAUUUCGAUUCAACCCGAAAUUGCCAAUUCUUGGAUUAUCCAGCUCAGAUAAUUGAACCUCAAAUCAUCAACACUCUUAACUGCAAAAAUUGUGGUCCUCUGAUUGACCACACUCUUGGAACACCAGUUGGUAAAUACUUGCUCUUGAAAAACACUCUACAUGAUCCCAUUCAUUCAACCUGUUCAUUUUCAAUCAAGCAACAAACGAAUCCCAAGUCUUCGUGUUUAUCGUUUUGGUUUCAAAUGUUUGGAUUAAUGAGUAAAACAAUGAAGAUCAGGGUUUAUUCAUCAUCGCACGACAGUGACGCAAUCUUGUACAGAAUUGAAGCCAAUGUUUACAAUCAAUGGCGCAAAGUAGCACUCGAUUAUUCAUCGAAUGGACCACACACUAUUGAAUUCACCUUCUAUGGUUUACACAAGAAUGACUCAUUAGGUUACAUUGCUGUUGAUGAUAUUAAGUUAUCAGAUAAAUCAUGCUCACCUAAUGGAGUUGAUUGUAACUUUGAUUUUGGUAAAUGUUCUUGGAUAGAUGCAAGUUCUGAUAAUGUUUGGGUCAUAAGAACACCAAGUAUUCGUUCAAAUUAUUAUGAAGCUCCAUCAUUUGAUGUUACCACUGGCUCUUACCAUGGCUCAUAUUUAUUACUCACUGGUAAUGAAAAUAUUGAUACCGAUGGCGAAGCAAAAAUUGAGUCAAUGCCGAUUGAAUUAUCGAGUUUCCAAUAUACUUUGACGCUAUCUGUGUUUUUCGGUGAAUCGAUAUCAGAUGAAAGCUAUUUAACUUUUCAGUUAGUUUCGACAUCAUCCGAAAGAACUUCAUAUUCCAUCGACACAAUAACACCAUUAUCCGUUCAUUCAAAAUCAGAAUGGAUUAAGGUCCACCUUCCUUUUGAUUUACCAUCAAACUCAACUUCGAAUUACAUCUUACAAGUUAAUGGAAAUGUUCGAGGUUCAAGUAUAAUUGCUAUCGACGAUAUUGCCCUUGUAGAAGGAUAUUCUAAUCAACAAGUGUUCGUUUGUGAUGGAUAUGAUGAGGUCAUUCCUAUUGAUGCUGUUUGCGAUUGGAAAUCUGAUUGUGUCAAUGGACUCGAUGAAUCUGUCUGUGGAUCUUGUGCUUUUGAUCUUGAUCUAUGUGCAUGGUCAUCACUAGACGAUUCAUUUAGAUGGGGAAGUCCAGUCCGAGGAGAUGAUUUUAAUGAUGAUUCAUCUAAGAUGAAUGGAGGUUACAUGAUAACAGAAGGAAAUUGGUACAUGACUGAACAUCAAAUUGAAACAUCCAACUUUAUUCAGCAUUCAUCCAACUUUUGCACCUUACAAUUUUCGCAUUAUACAGAUGAUGCUUAUGAUAGUGAAUUGCAAGUUUAUCUGAAAUUCGAAGAAAAGACAGUAGUUAUAACAAAAAUUUCAAUCGAAACAUUUCACGAAUGGACAACGGCUAAAGUUGCUUUGGGUGAACACCAUUCGCCUUUCAGAAUCGGAUUCACUGCGUUUACAUCAGAUUUUGGGUCGAUUCUCAUUGAUAACAUUCAAUUAAUCAAUUGUUCUCCAAGAAAAACUACAACUAUCUCACACAUAAAAACAUCAACAGUAUCAAUUGAUAUCACUGUGACAGAAGCAACUGAAGAUCAUGAAUCCUCAACAUAUCAACAAACAACUGCAAUCAACACUUUCCAAACAGAAAAAAUCGAUACAGAUAAUUCAUUGAAGCAAGCUGGAAGAUCAUUUCCUCGAAUUGGUUUCGCAGUGUUCAUAUUGUUCAUUAUUUUGGGAAUAAUUUUCACAAUUUUAUACAUAAAUAGGAUGAAAAAUGCAGAUUUUAGUCCAUAUAUGGCAAAUGAUACGGUCCAAAGUCGAACUGAUGGAAUCGGAAUGACGGAAAUAGCUUCAGUUAGGUUACAUAAUGUUGGCAUAGAAUCUGACGAUAAGACACGCCCUAAUGAAACUGAGACAUCAGCAGAAACGGAAAUUGAUGAAGAUUUUAUCCAUAGCAACAUUUUUGAUACUACAUCUAUGAAGCGACUUCUUUCUGAUUAAAAGCAUGCGAAAUUUAUAUUUAUAAUAUUUUGCACGCUGACCGGAAGAGCUCCAUUGCAAAAAAGAUAAGCAGAAAUAAUAGCGUAACAAGUGAAGUCGUGACUAACAUAGACGAUAAAAUAUUUGCCCAAAUUCUUGUAUAUGACUAUCUGAAAUGUUCAAUAAUUGUGUAACUAGUAUUGAUAUUUAUCUUUGCAUCACAAAAGUAACAAAGGCUUGUCAUCUUAUCUACCAAGAGUUAGGAAAAAGAUGUUAACGAUUUCAAAUUGAUUUA